CUCCCUCACCCCCGCAGUGAGGAGACAGCAUCCUGCCUGACUCACACACUCACAUCCAGGGAAUGUAAUGGCGACAGGCGGCUCGGCGCUGCUCUGACACAAAAUCCAAACACCACAUAACAACAGACCUCCCGCGGCACCACGGGGAGGGCGUUUACAAACUGUCCACCGAGACAUUUGUAUUAAAAAGGGCCUGUACAAGAACAGACUGUAGCAUUUUUUUUGUUCUUUUAUUUUUUUUUUAAAUGGAUGAACACCCCGGAGGAGGCGGAAUAGCCGCUCCAAGGCAGCAGCUGCAACAGCAGGGGAAUAAUAAUAAUAACGUUAAUCCACAGCCUGGAGCAGGAGGGGGUGCCGGGAUGGGACAGCAACAACAGGACGAGAUGCCUCGUCCUCAGCAGUACACCAUCCCGGGGAUCCUGCACUACAUCCAGCAUGAAUGGGCCCGAUUCGAGAUGGAGAGGGCGCAUUGGGAGGUCGAGAGGGCCGAGCUCCAGGCUCGGAUAGCAUUUCUACAAGGAGAAAGAAAGGGUCAAGAAAAUUUAAAGAAUGAUCUAGUAAGAAGAAUAAAAAUGUUAGAAUAUGCAUUAAAACAAGAAAGGGCAAAGUAUCAUAAAUUAAAAUAUGGCACAGAAUUAAAUCAAGGUGACUUAAAGAUGCCAACCUUCGAAUCAGAAGAAACCAAAGAGACAGAGGUCCCAGCAGUACCUCAGAACAGCCAGCUAACAUGGAAACAAGGCAGACAAUUGCUUAGACAGUAUCUUCAGGAAGUAGGUUACACAGAUACAAUAUUAGAUGUACGGUCCCAAAGGGUACGGUCUUUACUAGGGCUGUCGGGCUCUGAGCAAAAUGGCUCAGUAGAGACAAAAAAUCUGGAACAGAUUCUCAAUGGAGGAGAAUCUCCAGCAAAACAAAAGGGACAAGAUUUAAAAAGGAAUCCAGGAGAUGUUCUGGAAACAUUUAACUUCUUAGAAAAUGCAGAUGACAGUGACGAAGAUGAUGACGAUGACGAAGAGGGAGAUCUUGUGGCAGACAUGACAGGUGGAAAACAAAAGCACAGAAUAAACAAGAAACAUAAAAUCAAGAUCGGUAAUGAGGGACUGGCAGCAGACCUCCCUGAUGAUCCAGACACAGAGGAGGCAUUGAAGGAAUUUGAUUUCUUAGUGACAGCGGAAGAUGGGGAAGGAGCGGGGGAAGCAAGGAGUUCAGGGGAUGGAACAGAGUGGGCUGAGCCUUUAGCAUUUCCAUCUGGUGGUGGCAAGUCAUUUAUUAUGGGUUCUGAUGACGUGCUGGAAAGUGUCCUGGGCCUUGGUGACUUGGCAGAUCUAACGGUUACAAAUGAUGCUGAUUACAGCUAUGAUUUGCCAGCUAAUAAGGAUGCCUUUAGGAAGACAUGGAAUCCCAAGUAUACACUGCGCAGCCACUUUGAUGGAGUGAGAUCCUUAGUAUUUCACCCAGUAGAGCCUGUGCUGGUAACAGCCUCUGAGGACCACACGCUGAAACUGUGGAACCUGCAGAAAACAGUUCCUGCCAAAAAGAGUGCCUCAUUAGAUGUUGAGCCUAUUUAUACAUUCAGAGCCCAUGUAGGACCUGUAUUGUCAUUGGCAAUCAGCUCCAAUGGAGAACACUGUUUCAGUGGUGGUAUUGAUGCUGCUAUUCAGUGGUGGAACAUGCCCAGCUCUAAUGUAGAUCCUUACGACACAUACGAUCUGAAUGUUCUUGCUGGAACGUUUCUUGGCCACACAGAUGCUGUUUGGGGCCUUGCAUUUAGUGGUAUUAAGAACAGGCUGCUAUCCUGCUCAGCAGAUGGCACUAUUAGGUUAUGGAGUCCUUCAGAGAAGUCACCUUGUAUAAGCACAUAUAAUGCAGAAAAGGAGCAUGGAAUUCCAACUUCUGUUGAUUUUAAUGGAUGUGACCCAGCUCACAUGGUGGCCUCUUUUCAUAAUGGAAACACGGUUAUUUAUGAUUUAGAGACAUCUCGGCCAGCUGUGGUUUUGGCGUCACAGGUGGAUUCAAAUUCUGCUUUAGGCAAUCAUAUAAACAGUGUGGUCAGUCAUCCCACAUUACCUGUUACAAUUACCGCUCAUGAAGAUAGACACAUCAAGUUCUUUGACAAUAAAACAGGUAAAUUGAUCCAUGCAAUGGUGGCUCACCUGGAUGCCGUUACAAGUUUGGCUGUGGAUCCAAAUGGAAUCUACCUGAUGUCAGGAAGCCAUGACUGCUCUAUUCGCCUUUGGAACCUGGACAGCAAGACGUGUGUACAGGAAAUCACUGCCCAUCGGAAGAAAUCGGAUGAAUCCAUUUAUGAUGUAGCGUUCCAUCCAUCAAAGGCGUAUAUAGCCAGUGCAGGAGCUGAUGCCCUUGCCAAAGUGUUUGUGUAAUGUAAUAUAUCAGACUUAAUAGCAGGUGAGCUCGGACAAAAUCGAGGGAUUGCUUCACUGCCUUGAGUAAUGAGAUUUACCAUUUAGACACUACAUCAGCUCUGCCUUUCCACUUGAUUCUCCGAAGAUGGGCAGCGCAGGUACCAAGUGGUGAAGUUUUCACCAAAGUCCUCAAUUAAUAAUGUCAAAGUAAUUCAUGUAACUUUAAUUACUGCAAGUAAAAACAAAACAAACAAAAAAAACAAUACAGAAAACCAAUAUUUAUAACGUUGACUGGGUUUUAACUAAGCUGUAUCUGUUAUGUAGGUGUAUUUAAGUAAAAGUGGAGUCUAAUUUUACAACGGUCAAUUAUGUUGGACUCUGUGCUGCCUUAGGGAUAGGAAUGCGGUACUCUGCUUGGGAAAGUGACAAAACAAUAUAGCGAUACUCAUUCAGUUAGUGCCGUUCAGUUGAUAUAUGAGCUCAGUUGCCCGUUUAAUCCAUCAUUUUUUUUCAAAAAAAAUAAAUUUUAGUUUUUAUAAGCUUUUUAUAUAUAAAUAACAGUAACAGUGCUCAAAAGUUUGUUUUAAAAAAAAAAAAAAAAAAAGAAAAAAGUUUUAUUCAUAAUGCCCUGCUUUUACUGAUCUCACUGACCCACUGCUAUGUAACCACACUCUACCCUUCUUCAUUCUGAGAUGAUCUCAGCUAGUCCUUACUUACGGAUGCUAUUUUUAACAAUUGCUUUAAACCGUCUUAUCAGAUUAUUGAUGGCUGUAGAAACAAUGUGUUUAAAUGGAACACAGAGUUCAGUACUUGCAGUGAACUCUUUUUUAAAAUAAAUAGCAGCUUCCUAUCACUGUGUGAUAUUUUUGUACAUCUUACUGUAUUUACAAGUUUAUUUAUCACGGGUUAGACAAUUUAAUGCUAUUGUCCUGUUAUUUAUUUCUCUUUUCUGUUGGUCUUUAUACCCUUUUCUGUUUUGUUGUUUCCUAGUCAGCCCUGUUUGUCUAAGAAAGGGCUAUGGCAAACAACAGAAUUCCAAAAACUAUAAAGUUAGUAUGACCAGAUGUUUUUAAGUACAGACCAAGUUUAUUUUAUGUCGGAUAAUAUGGGUUUGCCUGCCCCGAUGGAACUUGAAAGUGAAGUCCCAAGAGAAAUAGUGUAUUUGUUGGGAGGGUUGAAAUAGAAUGCAAUGGAACUUAAAUCACAAUUUGAAAUCUGCUGUGUUUGGUUUAGCUUUCCCUGCUUUUAUUUUUAUUUUAAUUUUUUUUUUUUUGAACUGUGCAUAAGUUUAUGGUGUAACAGAUUUUUUUUGUUGUUUGUGUAAUGCAUGAUUAAUACAAUAAAGUAUUUUUUCUAGUCUUCCACAAAAAAAAAAAGAUUUCUGAUCAGUUUGCGAGUUUUGAUGAGUUUUGUAAGGUUUUAGUUUUACAAACUAUGAAUCAACAAGUUUUUAAGAUUGUACCACAUAGCAAAAGUACAGCUGUUGAAAAGUAAUGUAUAUAAAAUGUCUAUAGUAAAUAUUAAAUGGUGUACCUGUA